GGGUGGAAAGGAGAAGGGACAAGUCGGACUGGUGUUGAGUGUCUGGACCCGACGGAGCGGGCUGCGUGGCUCAGGGCACCGAGAGUGAAGCAAUUAGUCUUGUUGGGGUGGACAGUUGCCUAGGGAGACAGAACAUUCAAGAGCCACUUCUUUUCCCCUCUCCAGCUUCCUCUUGGGAGCUGAAGUCACAACCCCAGCGAGUCCUCUCUCCUCCCACACUCCCUCUGUCCUUCAGCCUGCGGGAACCUGAGCCGCAGAGAGCCAAGACGAUCGUGGAGGAUGAAGAAAUAGCCUUGGGACCCUUGGAAAAUGAGGCCAACGCCCCUGCUGCACCUGGCGCUGCUUCUUGCCCUGCCCAGUACCCUGGCGGGGAAAGGAUGUCUGUCUCCCCCCUGCGAGUGCCACCAGGAGGAUGACUUCAGAGUCACCUGCAAACAUAUCCACCGCAUUCCCAGCCUGCCGCCCAGCACGCAGACUCUGAAGUUUAUAGAGACUCAUCUGAAAACCAUUCCCAGUCAUGCAUUUUCAAAUCUGCCCAAUAUUUCCAGGAUCUACUUGUCAAUAGAUGCAACUCUGCAGCGGCUGGAAUCACAUUCCUUCUACAAUUUGAGUAAAAUGACUCAUAUAGAGAUUCGGAAUACCAGAAGUUUAACUUCCAUAGACCCUGAUGCCCUAAAAGAGCUCCCCCUCUUGAAGUUCCUUGGCAUUUUCAACACUGGACUUGGAGUAUUCCCUGACCUGACCAAAGUUUAUUCCACUGAUGUAUUCUUUAUACUUGAAAUCACAGACAACCCUUACAUGACUUCCAUCCCUGCCAAUGCUUUCCAGGGGCUCUGCAAUGAAACCCUGACACUGAAAUUAUACAACAAUGGAUUUACUUCAAUCCAAGGACAUGCUUUCAAUGGGACAAAGCUGGAUGCUGUUUACCUGAACAAGAAUAAAUACUUGACAGCUAUUGACAAGGAUGCAUUUGGAGGAGUAUACAGUGGACCAACCUUGCUAAAGAAUUUAAAGACCAAUGAUGAAGACCACAACCACUCAAAUUGGAGAUCUGCUGCAAGGGAUGUCUCUUACACCAGCGUCGCUGCCCUGCCAUCCAAAGGCCUGGAGAACCUGAAGGAACUGAUCGCAAGAAACACGUGGACUCUAAAGAAGCUGCCACUUUCCUUGAGUGUCCUUCACCUUACACGGGCUGACCUUUCAUAUCCAAGCCACUGCUGUGCUUUUAAGAAUCAGAAGAAAAUCAGAGGAAUCCUUGAGUCCUUAAUGUGUAAUGAGAGCAGUAUUCGGAGCCUGCGUCAGAGAAAAUCUGUGAAUGCUUUGAAUGGCCCCUUUGACCAGGAGUAUGAAGAGUAUUUGGGUGACAGCCAUGCCGGAUACAAGGACAACUCUAAGUUCCAGGAUACCCACAGCAACUCUCAUUAUUAUGUCUUCCUUGAAGAACAAGAAGAUGAGAUCCUCGGUUUUGGCCAGGAGCUAAAAAAUCCACAGGAAGAGACCCUACAGGCCUUUGAUAGCCAUUAUGACUACACUGUAUGUGGGGGCAAUGAAGACAUGGUGUGUACCCCCAAGUCAGAUGAGUUCAACCCCUGCGAAGACAUAAUGGGCUAUAAGUUCCUGAGAAUCGUGGUGUGGUUUGUGAGUCUCCUGGCUCUCCUGGGCAAUGUCUUUGUCCUGAUAGUCCUCCUCACCAGCCACUACAAACUCACUGUCCCACGCUUUCUCAUGUGCAACUUGGCCUUUGCAGAUUUCUGCAUGGGGAUGUAUCUGCUCCUCAUCGCCUCUGUAGACCUCUACACUCAUUCUGAGUACUACAACCACGCCAUCGACUGGCAGACAGGCCCUGGAUGUAACACAGCCGGCUUCUUCACUGUCUUUGCCAGUGAACUGUCAGUGUAUACACUGACAGUCAUCACCCUGGAGCGUUGGUAUGCCAUUACCUUCGCCAUGCGCCUGGACCGGAAGAUCCGCCUCAGGCAUGCGUAUGCCAUCAUGGUUGGGGGCUGGGUUUGCUGCUUCCUGCUCGCCCUGCUCCCUUUGGUGGGAAUAAGCAGCUAUGCCAAAGUCAGCAUCUGUCUGCCCAUGGAUACUGAGACACCUCUUUCCCUGGCGUAUAUUAUCCUUGUUCUGAUGCUCAACAUAGUUGCCUUUAUCAUUGUCUGCUCCUGUUACGUGAAGAUCUACAUCACAGUCCGAAAUCCCCAGUACAAUCCGGGGGACAAAGACACCAAAAUUGCCAAAAGGAUGGCUGUGUUGAUCUUCACUGACUUCAUAUGCAUGGCCCCAAUAUCAUUCUAUGCUUUGUCAGCACUGAUGAACAAGCCUCUCAUCACAGUUACCAACUCCAAAAUCUUGCUGGUUCUCUUCUAUCCACUUAACUCUUGUGCCAAUCCAUUUCUCUAUGCUAUUUUCACAAAGGCCUUCCAGAGGGAUGUAUUUAUCCUGCUCAGCAAGUUUGGUAUCUGUAAACGUCAGGCCCAGGCAUACCGGGGCCAGAGGGUUUCUCCAAAGAACAGUACCGGCAUUCAGGUCCAAAAGGUUACCCGGGACAUGAGGCAAAGUCUCCCUAACAUGCAGGAUGACUACGAACUGCUUGAAAACUCCCAUCUAACCCCAAAUAAGCAGGGCCAAAUCCCAAAAGAGUAUAACCAAACAGUUUUGUAAGCUAACCCUACACUAGUUGCAGUGGUAGGGGGACUUCUAAAAGGCUGGUUUCUUGAACAUUUAUUCCAAACCCAUUACAUACACCAGACAGCUGGCCUAACCCUUGUGCAGGUGAUGAUUCAUGGGGCGAAAGUUCAUCUCUGGAGAAAGGAUAGCAUUACCACCUAAUCAUUACCUCCCGGAAGGAAAAGAGACUACCAGCCGUCUGAAUCCCAGUUGAUAUCAAAAUAACUGACACUUUCUAGAAGGCUUGCUUGAUGCUAACUGCAGUGACAACAUUGUAUAAGAUGCUCAAUAAAUAUCAACUGAAGCAGAUCAACACUGAGCUUCUCACCUGUAGACAGUAUUUCAUACUAAAGAUUCAGUAAAUGGCAAAUGCUAUUAACUUAGUUGGUGAACACAAGAUAAAAUUGGCCCCAUGUUGGCUUGGUCUACCUUCAUGUUCCUGGAUACAACCAAAGACGAUGUGAAUUCCUCGAAACUGAGAAGUCCAACAGGAUACACGCAUGGAGUAGCUGACAUGAGGUGAAGGAGGGGAAAGGCUUAGCUUUGCGUUGUUUUUUCAAACUCUGAAACUAUUAAUCAUCUCUUCACAAGGAUCUACCUGAUGUGACCCAACUAUUAUGUGUUUCCCAAAAAAAAAAAAAAAAAAAAAAAAAAAAAAACUGGCAAGAUUUCAGCUAAUGUGGCUGAGCAAACUAAGAAUUGUUCUUCUUGGCUAGUCUCAUGGCAUAAAAGAUGUGAACUCUAAAAAUAUUUCUAAGUAGCUGCAAGUGGGAAUUAUGAACAGAGCACACUAAAUCACCCACUGAUUAAUAAAGCAGGCUGGAUCCAGGGUAACUGUUGGCCCUUGGGCAAAUCACAGGGCCACUUCUAAGUCUAGAAAUGAAAGAGCUUGAUGGCCUCUUCCAGGUUUAAAACUCAACAUAUAUCCCUUGCCCUUAAAACGUGUUUCCAUGACCAAAAAGAAAAGUGCAAGAAAGAAGAAUCUGUUUUUCCUAUCUUGUACGACUGCUAUCUUUUUCUCUUUAGAGUCUAGACAUACGACCCAGGAAAUUUCUUUGUUUCUUUUUUGGUUAUGAUGUCUGAACAUACUGGGCUGGAUCUGAAUCAUUCACCAAAUUACUAGAUCUACACAGCUAUAAUUAUUAGGCCAAAAAGAGAUUGGUAUUCAUAUAAUAGAAUAAAAGGUGGUUUUACAAAUUUUUACUCUACAGAGUUACUAUAUCACUGUUCAGAUUAACUUGAAAACAUUGAACUUGUCUUCAGGGAUUGGUUUCUUUACUUACUUGUUUCCAACCCACAAUAUGCACUAAAGCUAUCAAAUACUCAAAUAAAGCAACACUAAAGCUAUCAAGAGAAGUUUCUUCUCUCUGAAACUGCUAGCUCUUUCUAACCUCUUGAUCAUUGGGCAUAAUCUCUAUUCCCCAACAAUGCUCCCUUACUUAAAAUGGUUAGGAUCAAUCUUCAUCCAUAGAUGUACUUUCUAGAUUAUCUGUCAAAACAGCCCCUUAAUUUCAUCCCAAACAGAGAUGGCAUUUGCUUUAUAGCUUUUGUUGUUUUAAGUAUGUAGAGUAGGCUUAGUGGGCCCAAUGGGCCCCCAGAGAUGGUUCCCUGACUCACCUAGGAUAUCCCCAUAGCAAUACCCAUUUCUGAUUAUCACUGAGACUUGGACGUCUUGGUAGAAAUAUUAUGCACACUUGAAAUCAUGACAUAUCCACCAUUCAUCCAUCCAUUCACUUGUGACUAAUGAAACUAAACAGUUGUGUUAUUUUUUGGCAUGUGUUUCUCACCUGUGACAUUUUGAAAUAGUACAUCCUGAUAAAUAAUGUGUUUUAUCUUAAGUAGUUGAAAUAACACUUUGGAAACAGUCCUAGAAAAGUAAGUUCAACACCAUUAUUACUAAAAUUUGCAUUCACAACGUGAAAUAAAUUUUCUUCCUAUGAAAUGAUUGUGCUGAGUCCUAUAGUAAUGCUUUCACAAUUUGUGAGCUUCUUUUAGGGUCCCCAUUAUCUGUGUUACAACUCAAGACAAGAAGAAAACAAUUGGUAAAUUUGGUAUUGAAUUCAUAUUAAUAAAUAAAUUGUUGACUAAUGGUAA